ACCUGAUAUUAAGAUAUACAGUGUACUCCAGCAAUAUGAUGAACUAAUCAAAUGUCCCUUUCCCCAGAAGAAGAGCGGGAACCAAAAAAGCCAAGGGUGGAUAAUGAAAGUCCAGAUCGUCAGCUGAUUAACAACUACAGCUUCCACUUGGAACUUGGCAAUGGAUCUUACGGCAUGGUUCUGUUGGCAACAUUGAAAAACACAUCGGCGCAUGUUGCUAUGAAAGUUAUUCGGAAGGAUGGCACCGAAAAACAGCAGCGGAGCAUUGAGAAAGAAGCUCGCACACUGCGGAUCACCAGAGAGUGUCCCUUUCUGUGCAAGGGGCUUGCAGCUUUCCAAACGCCGCUGCAUGCCUUUCUGGUGAUGGAGUGUGAGAGCAAAACAAGCCUUCUCGAUCUGAUAAAGAGUCAAGGGAAAUUGCAUAUGAAGGCUGUUAUUUUCUUUUCAGCGGAACUGGUGUUAGGCAUCCAGUUCCUUCACUCGCGGGGGAUUGUACAUCGGGAUUUAAAGCCUGCCAACAUUUUAAUCAACAAAGAUGGCCACAUCAAAAUCGUGGACUUUGGGACAAUUGAAGAGGACAUUUACGAGGGAAAGAAGAUGACGGAAAUAUGUGGAAGCGUAAUUUUCAUGGCUCCAGAGAUACUUUUGAGGAAUCCAUACGACGCAGGAGUUGACUGGUGGGCGUUCGGGAUCACCCUGUGCUUGAUGGCUACUAGGGAGAUUCCAUUCAAUUGGGAGGGGAGCACGAGCUGUCUGGUACAGCUGGUGGCCAAAACCAACCCGUGCUACCCAAAAGGGAUCAACAUAGAAGCCAGGAAACUCCUGGAAGAGUUGUUAGUGAAGGAUCCAGCGAUGCGCCUGGGCACAAGAGGCAAUAUCAGGGAUCACCCCUUCUUCAAAUCCAUCAAGUGGGCAGACCUGGAGAACCAGAAGGUGCCAUCCCCUUUAAAGCCAGAGAGAUUUUCACCAAAAGACUUUAUGGCAACUUAUGAGGAACCACUGAAAUUCUUGGAAGACCCCAAGAUCGGUAUUUCCUCUGGGGACCCAAUGGUUCUCCAGGAAUUUUCUUUUGUGAAUUCUGGUUGGUGAGUAUAACAUCUGGCCCUGACAUCGGUAACAGCCCCAACCCUUCACAUCAGCCCUGCCUCAGCCUCGAGCCACUAUUCAAAACCAUCGAGCCCCUGCCUCUGGCCCCUAAAUAAUGGGCACUCCUGCCCCAGCCUCACUACAUCUGGCUACUGCGCCAACCCUUACUACAAUGGGCCCCACGACACCGGGCCCCCCUGCCUCCGGCCCCACGACACCGGGCCCCCCUGCCUCUGGUCCCACAACAACGGGCCUCCUGCCUACGGCCCCACAACACCGGGCCCCCCUGCCUCCGGUCCCACAACACCGGGCCCCCCUGCCUACGGUCCCACAACAACAGACCCCCCUGCCUUUGGUCCCACAACGACGGGCCACCUGCCUACGGCCCCACAACAACGGGCCCCCUGCCUUUGGCCCCAUAAAACCGGGCCCCCCGCCUACGGCCCCACAACACUGGGCCCCCCUGCCUCAGAGAAGCAGAUCCACUUCCGUUCGCUGCUCCCUGUGCUGAAAACUACUGCUUCCACCUCAGUGCAGGGACACGGAGCAGCUCAUGUGGGCUCAUUUGCCCAUGCCCUUAGGCUGCAUUUCCAUCAGGAAUCUAUUUGGGAGCCGCAGAUAACCCAUUUAUGGACCUACCAUAUUUUUCAUCAAUAAAGUUGUGGUUUCACCUCUUAACCCUAAA